AAUGUUUUGAGAUCUAAUGCGAGGCAGAUAAGAGAGACACGCUGUAGAGCACUCUCUUGAGGCAAUAAUUUUUGUUCACGAUUUUGCAGCGAUCUACAGUGAUAUCAUGUACAUCUUUUGUCGCUCUUAUUGUCGUUUUAACUGUGUUCUUGUUCAGAGAGGAGAGAAUCGAGAAGAGAAUACAGGACAACGGUUCCCCGGCCUCCACGAAGAAGCCGCGAAGCUCUCGGCGCUCUUAUCUUAAUUCGAAAACUUUGGCCUAGCGAAUGGCGACAUUGCUGGCUCGCCGUUUAACGAGCUUCGUUAGUUGCGAUCUUCCAUAAAAUAUCUCUCUCUUAUACCGCAUUUUCUUUUUUAUUAAGGGCGAAAGAUACCUUUCCCGUUGCUUCAUUACAUAUUUCAUCGCGAUUGAUUCAAUUUAUAAGUGACAAAAUUGGGAUUUGUAAGAUCGGAAAUAACUGGGAAGGAAGUUGUAAAUCUCGUAUUAAUCGGAGUUGAACUUCUCCUGUUGUUAAGAGCCUCUUGAAACUUUGGAGAUUACGCUCUAGAAAGGGCGCUGCGAAUUAUGUCGCGCCCAGGGCCUUCGUGCAUCACGAGCCACCGUUGGCAGAAGGAGUCCAAAGGGGGAAAUCCAUGGUUCGUGAGAGGGGGGACCGUCGGCUUACUUCAUAGCAGUUACGCCCAAUGAAUGACGUCAGGUGCGUACGUGCAGUGCGGCGGAACACGCGCGUCAUUCACUCGCUCCGAAAAGAAAAACCGAGAGAGCGGCGUAACGAUGAGGCGCAACGAUAUCACGAUUGUGUUGUGUGGACUGCUGUUGUUCGCCACCACAGGUACUAAAGCGAUACGCUGUUACCAGUGUAGCUCUGAUACUGAUCCGGACAAGGAGGACCUUUGUGGCGCUUAUACGAAAUUUGACAGAGAGAGGAAUGUGCCUAUCGAAUGCAACAGCGAGGAGUCGCACAUGCCUGGCACAUUUUGUGUUAAAUAUACGGAGCAAAGUCCACGUGGCUUCAUCUGGGAUGGUAGGUGGCGACAGGUGAUCCGGCGAUGCGCUUCUGUUGCCAGUACCGGGGUCACAGGGGUUUGCAACUGGGGCGUUCAUGAGAACGGCGUUUACUGGCAGGAGUGUUAUUGCUCCGAGGAAGCCUGCAACGCAGCAUCCAGCCUGAUGUCUCUUACUACGCUGCUCCUCACGGCGUGCGUUACCAUCGUUACGCUAUCUUGUUUCAAGUGAAAAGUUUUCUUAGAAUUUUCGCGAGACGAAAAUGGUAAGAUAAAAUCGAACCAGAAAGAUAUCAAUAUUAGAACUUUCAUUGUAGGCAAUGAGAAGUUUAGAUUAUAGCUAACAUGAACGCAGAAAGAAUGGCACAGACGUUUCUUUGAAAAAUUUUGGAGUUGGUUUUCUUCUUAGAAAAAUUUUUAUUUAGAAGCCAUUGUAAAUAUUUAUCAUAUCUCUUUGCUUAUUUUGUCUUCAAAUUUUAUGAAAUUAAUUAAAAUGAAAAACUGAGAACUUUUAUACUAUGUAUUUUUAAAGAGUUUUGCUUUCUAGAUUAUCUAUUCAACAUGCUGUUAUAUUAAUAUCUGUUACUGUAUUUACUGUAUGCAAUUUUAUAUAGAUAAAGUCAAAUUGUUGUUAGAAAAAAAUCAAUUCCGAAAUUUCUGAAGUGACUCUAGUUUCAUUUUAAUGAGUCAUCAACUUGUAAAUAUGACAAAUUAUACCGUCCAUUAUUUCUAUUACUGCUAUAAAAAGCAGAUCUCCGGAUUUUUCGGUUUUUGUAAAUAGUCUAACAAAAGAUAUACUCGUAUAUAUAUCUAUCCGUCCACUUAACGUCGUUAAGAAAUAUUGCGAAGUAUUAUUCAGUGAAAUUCUACUUGAGCUACAGUACAGGUCAAUAUUAUAUCACCUUUAGGUUUUUUAAGCAUAACUUGUUUUAAAGUGCACGGAUUUUUACUAUAUCAUAGUUUUGAUGACAAGUAUACCUUACUGAAGAAAUAACUUUUCAUCAAAUAAUAAAAAGAAUAACUUGCGGAAAAUUAAUUUUAUUUGAAAUCUCUGAAAUAAUAAACUUUGAUCACAUCAUAACAAGUACAUACAAAUGCUUUAAAAAUAAACAACAAAUCCAUAAUUUAUAUUGUACAACUCUAGUACUUUGUAGCAAAACCUUUGGCAUCGAUUACAGCUUGGCAGCGUAACAUGAAAAACAAAGAUAGCACAAGUGCGGUUUUCAGAAAAUUAAUCAAAAAUUUUUAAAUUAUAGUGCAUUUUGUCAAAUCUCAUUACACUUUAUGCACAAGAUGCACUUGCUACUAAGUCUACUAUAAAAUUUUUAGAAUAUUUGAUGCAUUUUGACAAAAGUUAUACUUAAACAAUUCAUAUCACCUAAAAUAAUUCUGGCCGGUACUGUAUAAGUUAAUGAACUAAAUAUGAAUUUAAUCUUGAAAACUCUAAUCAGAAAUUAAUUAAAUUUUAAGACCAUAAAUAUUUGUUUACUAUAUCUCGAGAUAAGUAUGAAAUAAGUUAAAAAUGUUCAGGACAAUAAUGAGACAAACCUGUUGCUUUUAGUACUGCCUUGGCUAGAUGACAUAUAUUUUUAUUUCCAAGAAAUUUAAAAGUAACUGUUUUCUAUUAAAAUGAAUUUAUUAAAAUAAAUUAUAUUAAAAGUGCCUUUUUCAUAUACAAAGAUAGUGUGUUCAAUUGCUUUCAAUAAUCUAUUUAGAAUAGUACAUCAAUUAUAUAGAAUGGAUUUAAGAUAAUGAUGAGUUAAGUGGCAUAUAUUUUACGAAAUAUAUUAGUAUUAUAGAAAAGUAUCUUUUAAUUUUAAAAAAUCUGCAAUUUCAAUUGUAAGAUCAAAAUGGUGCAAUUUUGGAAUGUGCAAUUGAAUUAACUUAUUUAUCUGUUAAAUAAAUGACGAAUCUCAUGCGAUCUCGGUUUUUUACAUGUUGCUUAACACAUCAUUAAGCUUUAAAUCUUCUAGUUUGUUAAUCUUUAAAUUUUUAAGACAUUUUAUAUUUUUCUAUAUAUAAGAAUGUAUUGCGCAAUUAAAGAGGAACAGAUCUGUUAUUUAAUUUAAUUGUACACAUUUUUCUUAAGUAUAAAUAAAUAAGUAAAUAAAAAGAAACACAUAUAAAUGAAUUUAUAUAUUAAAAAUAUAUAUUAUAAUGAAACUCAUUAAGUGAGAAACGACGUCGGUAAAUAAAAGGGAGUACAUCC